CAGAAGACCUUGAGCGUCACUCUACCGCAUCAUACUUAAUUCCCGCUCCAAUCCCAGGCCAGCCGGAAGCGGAACCGGAAGACGCUGACUUCACGGCGAUGGACACCACCGCCCAGGGCAGCGGCGGCGGCGGCGGCGGGCGCGUGUUGCUGCUGCCGUUCCCGGGGAUGCAGGGCCACGCCAACCCGAUGCUGCAGCUCGGCCGCCGCCUAGCCUACCACGGCCUCCUCCCCACCCUCGUCCUCACCCGCCACGUCCUCUCCACAACCCCCCUCAAAGACUGCCCCUUCCCCGUGGCCGCCAUCUCCGACGGCUUCGACGCCGGCGGGAUCACCUCCUGCCCCGACACCGCGGAGUACCUGCGCCGGAUGGAAGCCGCUGGGUCGGACACACUGGCGCGGCUCCUGCUCGCCGCCGACGUGCGGGUGCUCGUGUACGACUCGCACCUGCCGUGGGCGCGGCGGGUCGCGCGGGAUGCCGGCGUGGCCGCGGCCGCGUUCAUGACGCAGAUGUGCGCGGUGGACGUGGUCUACGGCGAGGCGCGCGCCGGGCGGGUGGCGCUGCCGCUGGCGGACGGGAGCGCGCUGCGUCGCCGGGGUGUGCUCAGCGUCGAUCUUGGACCGGAGGACGUGCCGCCGUUCGUGGCCAAGCCCGAGUGGUACCCGGCGUUCACGGACUCGGCGCUAGGGCAGUUCGACGAGCUGGACCAGGCCGACGACGUGCUCGUCAACUCCUUCCGCGACCUGGAACCCACGGUGAGCACCACCUGUUUGUUGUUUUGAUCAGCCGAAAUCUUGUCGCAGGCAAGGCAGACAGACUGUCAUUGGGCAUCCACUUCUGCUUUGAAAUUAAAAAUUGGGCCAUCCUCUCCAUCGAUAACUGAACAUCAUUUUUUACAUGUUAUUUGCUAUACAGCAAUGCUAUAUGACAAAAAGAUCUAUAUUUUCGG